AUACCUUCAGCAGCAGACAGACAUGCAGAUCACAGAGCGAGAGCCACUCGCCCUAUAGGAAAGAAGGAGUAAAAUAACUCAAUAUCUUUAGAAGACUAACUAGCUGGGGGAGGUGAAUGCGCUAUUCUUGUAUCCGUAAAAAGCCUGCGUUAAAUAACGACAACGCAUAACACAGCAGAGGUGAAGCAAACAAACGGCCCUUGCCAAAGAGAUUAGGUGCGAAGACUGCAACGCGUGCACCAAACGCAGCAUCGUAUCGCAUUUAGAGAUGAAAGUGAAGCAAGGCUGCGACGCGGGUGUCCCUUGUACGACUGAAGAGGUUUUGUUAAAAAGCACAGAAAUAUCGCCGGAGGAUGUACUCGGGCUGCAGAAGAUCACAGACAAUUACCUCUGUGGUCCAGAGCAGAACAUACACAAGAUCGACUUCACCAGGUUCAAAAUCCGAGACAUGGAGACAGGCACGGUUCUUUUUGAGAUCACCAAACCCCCUACAACAGAGAGUGCGGAGGGAAGAACGGACAUUGACCAGAAUGCCGGGCGCUUUGUGCGUUACCAGUUCACCCCCGCUUUCCUCCGACUACGCCAGGUUGGCGCCACGGUGGAGUUCACUGUAGGUGAUGUUCCCAUCAACAACUUCCGAAUGAUUGAGAGGCACUAUUUCCGUGGGCAGCUGCUGAAGAGCUUUGACUUUGAGUUUGGUUUCUGCAUCCCAAGCAGUAAAAACACCUGUGAACACAUCUAUGAGUUCCCACCACUCUCUGAAGAAAUAAUGCGUGAAAUGAUCCUUCACCCUUAUGAGACGCAAUCUGACAGCUUUUACUUUGUGGACAACAAGCUUGUGAUGCACAGUAAGGCAGAUUAUUCUUACAACGGUGGACCGUAGGAAGUCAUUCUCAACUUUUGCAUUAAUUUGCAAUGGACCGGCAGAGGAACAUCUACUGAAAGUGGCAUCUAGGCAUCUAAUCUUAUAUGUGAUGAUGCAUUUGGUUAAAACAAACAAAAAACACCCCAAUCUCAGGAUUUGUGUGUGUGUGUGUGUGUGUGUGUGUGAGUGUGUGUGUGUGUGUGUGUGUGAGAGAGAGAGAGAGAGAGAGAGAAAGAAAGAAUGCUCAAAAUGGGCCAGUACUACUUUUUUCCUUAGAAUCAUGUAAAUGUGAUAGUUCUGUCUCUUUGAGGAUAUGAGUGUGCCUGUGCAUCUGUGCAUUCAUUGCAUGCUAUUUUUUAUGUUUUUCAAAGCCCAAAGCUAAAUCAUUCUAAACAGCUCAAAUUUUUGACUAAAUGUUCAUACAGUGAUUUCACUCAAGGCUUCUAAAGCAUUAAACGAGCAUCAUGUUGAUUGAGUUGGAGAUACAGUGACCAAUGCAGUGUGUAAAGGAAGGGAUUCCUGUUGGCCUCUACAGAAGGGCCUGGUUUUGCUUUAUUUUUCCCACUUUCAUUUUUAAAUGUUCAUAAUUUGGUCGAUGAUGUAAAUCUACAGUAUGUUAUUUAUAUUGAUAUACACUGUCACAUAUUUUUAAUAGCAUCUUUUGUCAAAUAAUAGUGAUAGAUAUCUGUCAACUGUUUCAUGUGAUUUAACAAAAAAAGAGAGAGAAAUAAAAAUUCCAAAGUUCUUUAAAUCAUCAUAAAUUUGAUUUAAUUCAUUUCUUUUAAACAUAAAACUCCUCCAUAGUGGUUUCAUUCAGAUAAAACAAUAUUUACACUAUUAUCUAAAGGUCUGGGACAGGUAAGAAUAUUUAA